CUUCCAAGGUGAAAUCGGCAUUUGAUCGCCCUGCAGCGCGAGGGUUUUUGACGUUCGAAAAUAGCUGCAUCUCGCUCAUUUUCUCUACCCGUCCUUUAUUCGCUCGUUUCGAGGUGAGCUUUUGUGUGAAUUUCAUAAUCAAAAGAGUGUUGGUAACGCUAUCCGUUUACCUGAAAACAGUGAAAACCAAUAUUAGAUAUCCCGAGCGGUAGCAAAAAUGGCUUCACAAUGCGACAAAAAAACUGGAAUGGCUUGAGGUAGGGUUCACGACGUUUUAGUACGCUUUGGUACCCCGGGGGAAAUCCCCGUUCGAUCCCGUGCUCAAGCCGGCUUGAGUGACCGAAAGCAAAUUAGAUCGGAGCCGGUGACAGUUCGGACUGCAGCUUUUGCAGUAGCCCAAGCCGAGAGGGAGCGCUGCCGCUGUUGGAAAUUUACUCCGGUGUAAACAAUUCAACGAAAUCCACACAACUGGAGAAGAAAAGCGCACACGACGACGGGAAAAUGCCCCCAAAGUUUAAGUUCACAGAGGGUGAAAAGGUACUCUGCUUUCAUGGCCCGCUGCUGUACGAAGCAAAGCUUCUGCGUUGUGCGAUGAUGAAGGAAAAGCAGGUAAAAUACCUUGUGCACUAUGCCGGCUGGAACAAAAACUGGGAUGAGUGGGUUCCGGAGAGCCGCGUCCUGAAGUACAACGAAGCGAACCGCCAGCGGCAGCAGGAAGUCCACCGCUUACAUUCCCCUCUGGUAAAGAACAAGAAGAGCAGCACGAAGGGUAAAAAGUCGGACGCACAGGGUGGUACCGGCACCCAGGGCAAGGACAGCGAUUCGCGAGCAUCCACACCGUCGAAGGAAGUGACGAAAGAGAAAGACACAGCGGUACAGUCCGUCACCACCACACCCGUUACAGGGGCUACAACACCGACGGGCACUACCUCUACCGGUGGUAGCACGACGACGCCCGCCUCCUCUACAGGACGAAAUCGAUCGUCCCUGAAGACAUCGGCUACCAGUGCGAGUGUUUCUUCAUCGCCCAGCUCCAGCUCCUCGUCCACCUCGUCCUCGACGGCCGUACCUGCCGCAACAGAUAAGCCACCUGCCGCCACAUCCACCGCCGCUGGCAAGGAUGUGAAAUCUUCCGAAAGCAAGGAGGCGGUGGAAAAACCGAAAGACGAAUCGUCCAGCGAGCCCGGCAGCUCGAAGGCGAAGAAACGCGGCCGAAGCGACACAAACUCAUCGAACGUCGAGUCGGAAGAUCAGUUCAUAUCGAAGGUGGAGGUGAAAAUCAAAAUUCCGGACGAGCUGAAGGUGUGGCUGGUGGACGACUGGGACGCAAUUUCGCGCCAGAACAAGCUGCUCGAGCUGCCUGCUAAGGUGACGGUGCAGGAGAUAGUGGACAACUACGUACAGUACAAGAAGCAGAGCAAGGUAACGACCGUUACCAAGGAAACGGCCGUAGCCGACAUCGGCAAUGGGAUAGUGGAGUAUUUUAACGUAAUGCUCGGCUCCCAGCUGCUGUACAAAUUCGAGCGGCCACAGUACGCGGAAAUGAUACAGGCCCAUCCGGGUGUGCCGAUGGCAAAAAUUUACGGCUCCGUUCAUCUGCUGCGGCUGUUCGUGAAGCUGGGACCGAUGCUGGCAUUUACAUCGUUGGACGAGAAGUCGAUACAAACUUCGCUGGGCCAUGUGCAGGACUUUUUAAAGUAUUUGGUCAAAAACAGUAGCACUCUUUUCAACAUGCAGCACUACGUAAAUACUAGCCCCGAGUAUCAUCGGAAGGCCUUGUAAGGGGUCUUGUGGCGUAACACAGCGCUUUACAAGGCAGAUGGUAUUACUCGAAACUGAAUUACAAUAACAAAUGGACUAUAUUUUUCAAAAAAAAAAAAAAAAAAUGAGUUAGUUACUUCUUGAAUCUAUUUCCUCAACGUAUACAAUUCCAUUUGCAAUUUCGUGGCACUCAGCAGCGACACGACACUGUAUUGCUUUCUUUAAAUUAUUUGUUGGGAUCUUUCAUUUUUGUUAUGAGUUUUCAGUAAGAACGAACUGACCAUCUCGAGUGGUCGAAUGGCAAUUUGAACAAAAUGUUAAACUGCAUAAAAACGUGACGCACUGAUCGGACGCUCUUUGCACUUGCACAAGUAUUCAUGAAACAGCCAAGCUAAACUACAAUAUUUCGUGAAAUCAAAGAUUGGCAAUAAACAACAGCACAAUGAUGUGUAUUUCCAAAAA